CCUCCCAUUCCCUGCCGGUCGCGCCCGGCAGGCCCGUCCCGCCGCUGUCCCCGCGGGCUCCGGACAUGGCGGAGCCUCCGCAGUCCCCGGCGGCCGCGGCGCUGCCGCUGCGGGCGCGGCUCAGCUUCGCGUGCGGGCACUUCCUGAACGACGCGUGCUCGGCGCUGUGGUUCACCUACCUGCUGCCCUUCCUGCACGCCGUGCUGGGCUACGGGCACGGCGCGGCCGGCGGGCUGCUCCUCGUCGGGCAGGCGGCCGACGGCUUCUGCACGCCCCUGCUCGGCUUUGAGGCCGACCGGGCGCACGGCUGCGGCCGCUGCGGCCGCAGGAAGGGCUGGCACCUGGCCGGUACCACCUGUGUCCUUGUGUCCUUUCCCUUUGUCUUCAGCCCCUGCCUGGCCUGCAGGGAGAGCACUCCACAGUGGGCAGCCUUCAUCUACUACCUCCCCUUCAUCAUCAUCUUCCAGUGUGGCUGGGCUGCCACACAGGUGUCCCACCUGGCCCUCAUCCCCGAGCUGGUGAGCAGUGACCAUGGGAAGGUGGAGCUCACGGCAUUCAGGUAUGCCUUCACUGUCAUGGCCAACAUCACUGUGUAUGGCCUGGCCUGGCUCCUGCUGAACUUCCAGACAGACCAGCCUGACCACAUGGAGCACCUGGGCCCACAGGACAUCCCUGUGUUUCGGAACUUGGCCCUCAUCGUGGUGGGGCUGGGAGCCGUGUUCUCCCUCAUCUUCCACCUGGGCACCAAGGAGAAGCCAUACCCACAAGGAGUGCUAUCCGAGCCAGAGGAGGGCACCCCGCUGCUGCACAAGGAUCCCCCAGGUCCCCCACGCCCGCUGCUGCUCUGGAAGGACUGGCUGCUGGAGCCCUCCUUCUACCAGGUCGCAGUGCUCUACAUGGCCACCCGCCUCAUUGUCAACCUGUCCCAGACCUACAUCGCCAUGUACCUGACCAACUCGCUGCUGCUCUCCAAGAAGUACAUUGCCACCAUUCCCCUAGUGAUGUAUGUCAGUGGGUUCCUCUCCUCAUUCCUCAUGAAGCCUGUGAACAAAUGGAUUGGUCGGAAUCUGACUUACUUUGUGGGCAUCCUGGUGGUCCUGGCCUUUGCCUCCUGGGUGGCCCUGGCCAAGCCGAUAGGAGAUGACAUCUACGGGCUGGCGGUGCUGCUUGGGGCCGGCUCAGCCACCAUCCUGGUCACCUCCCUGUCUAUGACUGCAGAUCUCAUCGGCACCCACACGCACAGCAGCGCGUUUGUCUACGGUGCCAUGAGCUUCACGGACAAGAUGGCAAAUGGCCUGGCUGUGAUGAUGAUCCAGAACCUGCACCCCUGCCCGACUGAAUUGUGCUGCCCUGCCUGUGUCGACUUCUACCGCUGGGUGAUGGUGCUGGUCACCGGCGGCACCGCCAUUGCCGCUGUCACCACGCUGUGCUGCAUCAUGGUGUGGCCCAUCCGGAUCCGCCACCGUGCUGUUGGUGUGCAGGGGCUGAGCAGCGCUACCACCUCUGAAAGUGGUCCUGGGAGCGCUGAGGGAGAGAGCCAGAGGAGCACCGUCAACUGAACGUGGUUGUGUCCUUGGCCACUGUGUCCUCAGGGCUGUGUCCUAAGCCACCGUGUCCUUGGCCACCACGGUGGCACACUCUGAGUCUGGACGGUCCCUCGCACUGGGGGCCACUGGCCUCUGGGGAGGGGGUGACCCCCACCCUGUCUUCUUGCACUGGACUCAUAUUCCCAUCCUGGACUCAUGUCCCCGUGCUGGACUCCCGUGUGCCAGGCCCCACCGGGCCAAUGAAGGCUCCCAUGGUGUGGGGUGACCGGUGCAGGGUCACCUGUCACCCCUCACCUGCACAAUGAACACUAGAAGGGCCUAGGCCAGGCCGGGGCAGCCCCAGGAGAAGGGGGUGCCCGGCCCGAGGUUUUAACCCGCUUUUGUAAGGUCAAUACAUACAAACGGCACUUUAUAAAGGAGGAGAAAAAGGAGAGAAAAAAACCAACUGCAGCGCU